AUUUUUAUCUCUCUGUCAAAACGAUGGAGGCUUUAAGAAACAACGACAGAUAGCAGCGAAAGAAAGUCUUAACCUUUUUUCAAGUUCAUGGGUGAGAUUGGAAUAAUGGUUUCGCGGCUUCAGCAAGAGGGGCUUGAUUUGGAAGACAUGAUCGACGAAGAAUUACGAGCUGCGGGGUUUUUGGAGUUAUGUGAACGGUGAGGCUCUCAUUUAAAGCGGAUAAUUUAUUCGUUAGUUGCUUCAGUUUCGUCUGAUUGCAAAGCUGUAACAAUUCAUUUAAGCGGGAUUUUGAUGGAGUAAAAAAUCGGAUGUUUGAUAAUCCUUUACACGAAGUGGUUAUGCACUCUUCUACUCCAGGUGUAAAUAAGCGCGAAGAAUGGUCGAUAAUUGCACUCGAAGUUAGGUUAUAAAUACAACUUUAGUAACAUAAUGGAGCCAUGCCAAGAGAGCAACAGGUUACAGGUUUUGCAGGAAAGUGUAACUUUUGAUCUUAAAUUGUGUGAUCCUGAAUUGAUCCCACCUCUAAUCAACAGAGUUUAUACACAGUUUUAUAUGCUUUUCAAUGGAGCCUACUGUAGAUGCAUGCUUUACUUGUGAGUCUGACGGGAAAUAAGUUUUACUUUUAUAAUGAAACGUGAACAAAAAUUCCUUGAAUGUUUGUGCUGAGUUAACUGUACUUUGAAAAUUUAUUAGAAAAGCUGCUUGUACUACGAAUUGAUCUCUCCUCUGUUUGAUGGAUUGAUUCCUUUGUGACUACAGUAAACAAAUAAAUGCAUUUCAAGUGAUGAAUUAACCCUGUUACUCCCACUUCUGACCCAAGAAGAAUUUCUCUUUAUGUCAUCAACACAUUUAUCGGCAUGCAGGUUGUAAGAAGAAUGGAAUGCAAUACAUUGUGAUUAUUAUUUAUUUCACACCAAGUUUCUGAUGUUUAACCCUUUCACUCCCAAGAUCUCAUUAGUAAUUCUCCCUACUGUCUGCUAUUCAAUUCUUAUGAUGUUAGUUCUGAGAAUUUGAUGUAGAAUCAACUGAUAAUCCCCUAACUGAUAUUUUUCUUUAUUCUCAUCACUUGUCUGUUUGAUAUUGUAUUGAUUUGGUGAGGAGAAAUGUUGUUGUGGUCACUCAUGGGAGUUUAAAGGGUUAGACAAAAUCUCCUUGUUAGUUCUAUAAGAAAUGUGAAGAGAACAGUAUGGAGAAUAACCAUUCUGAUGUUAGUGCAUAGAAAGGGUCAAGCUACAUGCCAAUGUCUUUAUAUAUAGUUGAAAUGAAACUCUGAAGAAUAUGUAUACAAAUAAGCUACAGUACAUUGCAGUUUUUGUCAACUUAUUAUCUUUCAGUGUUUGUAAGCACAGUCCUGUCACAAAUACUGUAAUGAUAACUGGCCUUCCUAAGCCCAGUUUUUCAAAGGGAGGAUAAUGCUACCCUAUGGAUAAAUCACUAUCUAGCAGAUAAGUGUUCCCAAAAUGUACUGUUCUAUCCACUGGAUAGAUAUUUUAUUCAGUGAAUAGCAUUAUCCAUUCUUUUAACACCUGGGGCCUGAUCCAAACUAAUCAUAACAAUGAUUUAUUGUUUUUGCAAUGUUUCAAUUGUUAAAGGACCACAAGAACCCUUUUACAGAGAGCAGUUGCUGUUGAAGGUCAGAGUUAUGUUUUUUUGUGUUAUUUUCUUUUUCUUGUCAUAGUAUGUAUUUAUUAAACUACAAGAAAGAAAGGCAAGGGAAAAAAACUAGGAUUGCUAAAAUCAUCUUGUGAAGUUACUGUAAUAAAUGAAGAAGAAUUUCACUUACAGCUGUAUUUCCUGUAAAUCUGUAUUGUUCACCAAGUGAGAGGUCAAGAUGGCAUGACAUUGACCCAGUUUAGAUAUUUUUUUUGAUCUUAAGUUUCAUAAUAUCUUCAAAAUCUUGUUAUUUCAGUAUUUUAAAUGUCUGUAAUUAGAAUUAUUGUAAUUCAGUUUCAUAGGACCAUAAGGGAGAAUACAGUCUUGACUGUAAUUGUACAGCUUAUUCAAAUAAAGAUUUAUUUACUUUACUUUACUUUACUUACUUACUCGGGCAAGAUAUUUAUUUUACCUUGGUCACAAGUGUGGGAUAAAGAAAAAAAUUCUGAGUCCCAUGUGGAACUGAACUUCAGAAGUUCAGAUUCUGUGCUCUAGGCUGUUCCCAAGCAACAUGUUUCCUGCAUACAUUAAUAAUGUAUCAGCAGUUUGCAAGAUUUGUGUCACACAGGAACUUUGUAGUAACCAAACUCAGGGAAUAGUCUCUGCCAUUCUUAGUUUUGACCACUGACUAAUUUACUGCAUAAGUUGCUAAUUUGACAACCUGUCUGCAGCAGCUAUGCAACAGGUUGUUACGUCUUUAUCAUUUGGUUAUAACUUAGAGCCAAUAAUGCAAUCAUGUAUAUAGUAGCAUAAUGGGCUAUUUUGCUCUACCUGAGCUAGUUCAGUGCAAAUUUAACUUGUGUCAUUUACACACUCUGGUCACCUUUUUGUUUUGCUGAGAAGUAUUCUAACUUUAGUGUUGUGUCUUUUUAUCAGAAAGCCACUCCACUUUGAGAAGGCUAUUGGACUCCAUUGAUGCACAGUUAAAGGAAUAUCAAGGCACUCUGCCAACAGUAAGGUGAGUCCUUCAAUAAAAACCUGCUCUUUUGGUCAGCAGUAGGCUUGAGAAUACAUCUACAUUGUUAUGAUGUUAGUGACUGUGAGGCUCAAGUAGCAUGUGGUGAGACACAGUCAUUUGAUUCAUGUUGUUCAUUCUUGGUGUUAUCAUGAUUACAGGACAUCAGAAAAAGAAGCUCCAAGAACUACUCUGGGUAGCAAGGACCAACAGGAUCAACAACAACAACAGCAGCAGCAGCAACAACAACAGCAGAAGAGUGCGACUGUUAUUGUUAUUGAUGAUGAUGAGACUGAAUAUGUUGAUGUUGCUGAUAUGUCUUGCCAAGCCACUGAUGAAGAUAUCAAGAAUGAGACUCGUGAAAGAGAAAAGGAAAGAGAGAAGGAAAGAGAGAAGGAAAAAGAGAGAGAAAAGGAGAAGGAAACUAAAAAGGAAAAAGAAAAGGAAAAAGAAAAGGACAAAGGAGAGACAGUUAAUCUAAAUCAAAAUCUCUCAGUACCUCCAUGGCAGCAAACAGCUCAAACAAACAUUUUACAAAAUUAUGUUCCAAUCAGACCUGCUCCACCUAAGGAAGUAGUAAACACCUUCACUUCAUCACAGACUGGAACUAUGUCACUAACUGUACAAAGAACAAAACAAUCAGAUGUUUCUAUUUCUCCGUUAAGUCCCAUUAAGUCACCCCCUCCGAUUUACAAGACAUUGAAGCCACCAGUUGGCAGUGGAGAGCCAUUUUUACCAGAACGUGUCGCUGUGAUGUCAUCUCCCCCAUCUCUUCCUGUGCAGCAAACAUUACCUAAUCUUGAAUUGCAGACAGGAACACCACCUCUUACGUCACCUGUCAACAGCAGGUUUGUGAUGUACACCAGAACAUGGUUGUUUGAUGAUUCGAUUACACCACUCCUGAAUUUAAUGUCUCGCACACAUUUACAUGUGCUAUGCUAUAAAUUCUUGUGCCCAUUUGAUUUUCAGCUUUAUUUGUUCUUUGCAGGCUUAUUAAGAAACCAAAACAACAUUAAUAAGAAACCAAAACAACAUCACUGAACUGUAAAAUAUCAGAGCUAGGCUAAAGUUGAAAAUUAAUUUCAGAAGCUUUUCACUCUGAGCAAAACAAAGAUAGAAAAAUGAACAGACUCUUCUGCAAGAAUGGUUCAAAAUAUAUUUUGAACAUCACAGUUUCAUCAUCAAACAUUUUACUUCAAUUUACAUGUACAUAUAGGUGCCUAGUAUUAGCCAUGAGAUGUAAUUUGAUCAUGUAAAAGUUGAUAGCUUUUGAAGAUUGCACAACAGAUAUGUCAAGAUACCUGUUGAUAUGAGCUUAUUUUGACACUGGUUUGAACUGCUUUCUUGUGUUGUAAUCUUUAAUGACAUUUUUUCAUUCAUUAGAUAUCUAAGGGUGAGUAACAUGAUUGUAGAUGUAAAUGUUGACUUGUACUCUUAUUGAUUCAUGUCUGGUUUUGUUUUAGACCAAGUACCACACCCUCUGUUCCUCAGCUGCCCCUCAGGCAGGCAUCCUUACCUCAGCCUGGACCGUCUUCUCUUGGGAAAAAAGAAUCAAUUGAUAAAGAAGUAAAAAGGUUUGUAGACUCUGAAAUAACACAAAAUGUUGUUGGUCGAUUUUGUGUUAGAACUUUCAGUGUUCAAAAAAAGUGGUUUUUGAUAUCUUUUGAGUCAAAAUCUGCAAGUAUGCAAAUAUUGCUUUUGAGUUUCUAUGCACUUUUGAUCAUUUUGUGACUUUUAUGUGAAACUUCUCUGACUGUAUUUGAGAGAAGACUAAAUCUGCUGGAAGAAAACAGUAGUUUUAUGAUACUGUCACAUAGCAGAGAGUAGCACAGAUUUGGAGAAAGAAAUCACAUGCAAAAAAGGAGCUGAUGAAACCCUCAGUCAGAAAUUCCUACUUUUAAUUGAAAGUUUGUAAAAGUAAAUUAACUGAUUAUAAGUGUUUUGUUACCCAGUCCCCCAGCAGGGCCUCCUAAGUUUGAGGUUGGGACUCGCGUCAUAGGUCAGAGGGCCGAUGAGCUCUGGUAUCCAGGUAAGUAAUAUUCAUGUACAUUGCAUUUUGUUAAUAACUGUUUAAUUUUCUAAAGCUCUUGUAGAUUACUUCAACAUUUAAACAGGAUGUUCAAGGAAUUUUGCAUUUUCCUAAAACUCAGUGGUGGAGGGUCAAAAUUACAUGUAGUAGUGGCAAGAUUAUAGGUUUGCAAUUUAACUCCUGUUGAAGGCAUUUAUAUCUUUAGCUUUUGUUAAUCUGUGUUGAAAAGAAAAUUCUAUGUGUUGUUCUCAUUUGUUUUUGUUUCAAAGGUAUAAUAGAGAGGAUUUUGACAGACAAACACAAUCAGGUAAGAUUUUGGUAUCAUUAAUUUCAAAACUUUAUUUUUUGUGAAUUCAACAUUUUGAGAAAGCAUAUAAAUUUGAAGAUGAAGUAAUUUGAACUUCAUUUAUUAGUAAUCUUUACUGGAAUAUGUAAUAUGCAUGUAUAACUUAAGCUCUUAAUUUUAUUGCUCAGAUCAAAUACAAGGUGAAGUUUGACAAAGGUACAAGAGGAGUGUUGUCAUCCAAUCAUAUUUCUUUGGAGUCCAAUCCCAACCCAUCAGUGCUCAAUGUUGGCAGUCGUGUUGUAGGUGAGUCUGAAAUGUUUCUGUUCUAUGACAAAAAUUAGCCUGUGUUUAGUUUCUAGAAUGCUUGCAUUAAUAUUUGUAACUAGUGGGUUUAUAUGAUAGAGGAGAGGCUUGUUUGCACUUAUGUCCUACAGUUUUGAGACCAUGACAUGUAGAUGUGGAUUUUUUUGCAGUUCUUUCCUCUUACUUCCAAAUUGUAUCUUGAAACAACUGACCACCUGUUGAAUUUAAAGACUCCAGUGGAGUCUCAAUAUUUAUUAAUUUACAAACUGCAAAGGUUAAAAGAUCUUGCAGGGAAAGAAAACGAGUGAUUUUGAAUUUUUUGAAUCCUGGUCUAAACUGUUAGUUUUUUGGAUUAGAGGUUACUAUCUCUUUAAUCACUGUUAUAUAAUACUGAGAAAUCUUGAUGUAAAGUUGAUAACUUUUUUUCACCUAAGAUUUAUAAUGUAAAUCACUCACAAUCCUAGAUAAAGGUUUUCAAGGUGGAAGUUAUGUCUCCUUUUAAAAGUUGAACUGACCUUAAAAGGUGGUAACAUUUAGCAUCAUUCCUCUCAUUGGAAGAUUCUAUUGUCAUGUGGAGUCAUUAUGACAAUUUUUUUAAAACACUUUCCUUUAUUUUUGGUUUACUCUUAUUCCUUCUCAAGUCUCCAGCAAACUUACUUUCAGAUUAAACUGUAAAAAUUUGAUUGCAACACCCUCUAAGAAGAAAUUUAUGCCUACUGUACUUCAUAAUGCUAAGUAAAAUCUGAUGUGAACGAGCAGCUCAAAUGGCGUCAAAAAUUAAACCUGAGGGCUUGUGCUGUAAAAUGGCUGUAAUAAAAUUUAAUAGAACAGGAAAGAUCAAGGGUUUCUUUGCAGAAAUUACUUCUUAUGCAUGAUUGAUUGUUUCGUCACCUUCACUUUUUCACACCUUGAGCUUGUAACCUAACCAUGAUAAAGCUGUUAAUAUUUUGUUGAUUUUUUUUUUGCUCUUGUCCAUAAAGAUCUGUCAUUCACACUUAAUUUGACCCAUACUCCUCACUUUUCUUUUACUAGCAUUGAGGCCUCGGGAUACAGCAGAAGAGAAUGCGUCUUGGCGGAAACCUUCCACAGGUCAUUAACAUUUUCUUUCUCUUGUUGUUCCCAAGGCUUCAUGUUUGCUUUUGUUUCCUUCUUGUUGUAACAUAACAUUCUAAUGUGGUGGAAUUAAUGAGCUAAGUCAUCCAAGAGGACAUACAUCACAGGGCUCUCUUGACAAAUACUUUUAACUCUACAUGUAUAUCACAUUUAAUGCAUGUAAAUUGUCUGUCUUACAGAAUGAAAGGCUUUAAACAGAAUGAAUAACAGUAACAAAUAAAACAAACCUAACCAAGUUACAGUUGAUGUGUUUUCUUUUAGUCACAAGGCAAAAGACAUGUAAACAUCAUGGUACAAUAAAUUAUGUACAUUACAAGACUGUAUUUUGAAGGAUUAAUUGUUGGAAGGGUUGGAAAUAUUGGAAAAGUAGAAUUCUUAAAGUAAUUUUAAAUUUUAAUGUAACUUUCUAGACCUUGGAAAAAUGGAAAGGAGACUGAAGUAAUGUUUCAACAAUUACCACAAUUCUGCAAUUAAUCAACUUACGUUUUCAUUUCCAAUGGUCUUGUUACUCUAUGUGUAGAUAAAAGCAACUCAAUGAUCAUGUAUUCUUUAAAAAGAGGGACUCACAUGUACACUUUAUUUCAACAAUAGAGAAAAUCUGUUUUGUUUUGCAGGAAUAUAUGGCAAGUUAGAUGUACUGUAUGCUGGUAUUGUUGCUGAGAAUGCCUGUGGUGAAAACAAAAACAGGUUACUCUUUAUAUAUAGUUCUUGUUGUAUAAUUGUUGUAGUUUUUUUCAUGAUCUUUUGUUUUUUGCUCUUUGAUUUUCAGACUUGCAUUGCAAGCUUUGUACAUGUUUUUUGGCAAACGGCCAUAAUAUACGUUGAUUGAUUAUCUCACCAGCAAGAAUGACCAUGACAAGAAGCAAAAAUUUGAAGAAAAGGAAUAAAAAUUGGCUCUAUAGAAUGUUAAAUACGCUUUGUCAAAAGAAAGUCACUAACAGUAAACCUCUAGACUGUAGGUUGUCACUUGUGUGAUGAGCAUUCACACAUCUAUUCAUGCACAGUAUAUUGUGCAAAACUAGUGUGAGGAAUAGGCAAGAAAUUUACUCUUGGAUUUUGCUUAAAUAUUUGAGCAACACUUUGGGUGACAUUCAUUUUGCUGGGACAAAGAGUGAAAAUUUGCUGAAUUUUCAAAGCCAGAGGGAAAAAUCUAUUCUCAGAAGCCUUAUUUCACACAAUUGACAUGACUUUUCAUGUUGUAGUUUAUUUCAGCAAACAAACAUAACUUUGUCAAUUGCCAAAUCAUUAUGAUGCUGUGUUUUGAUAAUUUAAUGAUGUCAUUUUGGUGAUCUCAAAUGCAUGUUGUUUCACUACUGAUUUGUUGUGAUCCUCUUUACUCAUCAAGAAGCCCUCUUGUCCUAGAUAUCUGGUCUUCUUUGAUGAUGGAUUUGCUCAAUACUUACCAGUCAAGAAACUCCAUCAUGUGUAUCAUACAGGUUAGACCAUCACAAAUUUUAUAGCCUUCUUUUAAUCAAAGUAACUGAAACCUGAUUGAAUUUCAGUUGCUAAAGCUGACAAUAACAGGUAACUGAAGGCCUCAAUGGCCAAAAUUUCAUAUUUAACUCUCACUCCCAUAAAUGACAAUUAUAACAUAGCUGGUAAAUUUGUCUAAUCAAAUCCAAUUGUGCGAGCGUGCUUCAUAUUCCUAUUGUGCAUGCUCAUGACGUCAGCAAGCAAAUUCCUCGAGAAGUAAAAUUUCCCAUUAGGUUGAAAUGUUAAAAUAAUUGGUUCAUACGUUAGCUGUGCGUUCAUCAAGAUAUGAAGCACUUGGGAAGUUUGGGGAGCACUCAAGAAGCUAGAGUUGCUCUCAGCUAUGCCUCGAGUGACUCUUACGCAUCUUUCGUUCUCUCCAAACUUCUUGUGUGCUUUGUAUCUCAAUGAACACACGCUGACAUAUGAACCAAUUGUUGAGUGAUCUAUGGGUGAGUUUUGUUGACAGUGAGAAAACACUGGAUAGAUUGAGUCCAGACAGUCUGGUUAUUUUUAUUUUUCAUCAUGGCAGGCAAGAAAGUCUGGGACGAGGUAGCUGAGCAUUCCAAGGAGUUUAUACAAGAAUAUCUAGAAGAGUUUCCUAAUGUAUGAGACAACUGUUUACUGUUGAAUCAUAAUUUAUUAUAACUAUUUGUUUCCGAUGCAUACGUUAUAAUUUAUAAUCACUAUUCAUUUUAUGAUACAUGCAUUAUAAUUAUUAUAACUAUUUGUUUCUGAUACAUACAUUAUAAUUUAUUAUAACUAUUUGUUUUAUGAUACAUACAUUAUAAUUUGUAAUAACUAUUAUAACUAUUUGUUUUUGAUACUUACAUUAUAAUUUAUUAUAACAAUUUGUUUUAUGAUACAACAUUAUAAUUUAUUUUAACUAUUUGUUUCUGAUACAUACAUUAUAAUUUAUUUUAACUAUUUGUUUCUGAUACAAACAUAAUUUAUUAUAACUAUUUGUUUUAUGAUACAUACAUCUCCUUGGCAGUGUAACAAGAUGAAAUUGUGAUUGCCGGGGAGAGUUCUAGAUCACAGGAAAGAACUUAAUCAAUUUUAGUUUCUGUAUUUAAUAAGAUGUAAUUCAUUCGUUUAUUUGUUACAAUAUAAUUAUUUUGUAAAUUUAGUUCUUCUUGUUUCGUAGCGACCAAUGGUAAAACUUAAAGUGCAUCAGUGGGUUAAAACUGAAUGGAGAGGCCAAUGGUGAGAGGAAUCAGUGUUUAUUUGUUUACAAGUAUUAAUCAUGCAUACAGAUAAGUGAGUGCUUUUGAGUUUUGUUCACGUAACUGUCAAAUACUAAUUUAUUUCCAAAUCGUUUUGGUUUUUUUAUACGCACGCUAACUAGGAAAUGAGUGUCAUAUUCCUGUACGAUGAGUACUGUCUUUCUUUUUAAAUCUCUAUUUCUCUAUGGGGUCAUGUCAUAAGCAACUCUCCGUCUAAUUUCGAAAAAUACCGAACGGUUCGGUCUGAUUUGGACACUAUCGUUUGAUUUUGGAAAGCCGUAGUCCUGAUUAUGUGGAAUGAUUUGAUCCUGCAAGGAUCUGAUCAUCGACUAAACUGACCUCGGAACAAAGUGAAUGUAAAGUUUUGGACUUGUCUGUGAUCAGUUUUGAAAUGUUCUUGCCUUUUUUUUUAGGUUGAAAGCCAAAGUGAUGCAGUUAGAUUGCAGUUUGGUGAAGGUCAGCUGAAUCUGUUUCUUGUCGAAAUUCUUGGUUGAAGAGAGUUUUGGUACAUGUGUGAAGCAAAGCUGUGUCUGUAUACAUGUACAUUGUUCAUUUUUCAUUUCAUUUAGUGUUGUAUCUGACAUGUCAAAGCAAAUACCGUUUUUGUUUCGUUAUUGCAGAUGCUGUUUCAGAUUGAUAAUCGAUCUGAGUGGCUGUAUAGAGGCUCAACAAGAUUAGAACCUUUAUUUAGUGCCUUGGUGAGAAAAGCACCGUCAUUAUUAGUUUUGUUAUUGUUACGUUUAUCUUGUAAAAGGAAUCUUUCCAGUGAGAUAAUCGUCCGAAGAUCUUCAGUAGUUCCCAGUUCAACUGUUUCUUUGUGUAGAGGCGAUGAUAAUUGGGAGAUUAUGUGACCUUGUGGCUUUUGUGGUGAUCACUCAAACUCUAGAUCAAGAGGUCUGGGCUCUAGCUUUAGCUGGGUCAAUGUGUUGUGUUUUUUGGAACAACGUACCUCUCAACUCUGAGGUGUAACUGGGGAACUUAAAAGAGAGUCUCCAGUUUAAUCGCUUGAGAGGAGUUGGACAAGUGCUUCCUAAAGAGAGACAAGGAAUACAAACCGGUGUUUUGCUGGUAAAACAUCGGUAGAUACAUGUACAAGACUCUUUCUUACGUGCGCGACUCAUUCUUACUUGCUCAAUUAACUAUUUUCAGGUUGAUGGAAAGAUUUCCACUGCAAAAAAAAAGAGGUCUCGUAAACUGACGCGAGGCGCAUCAUCAGGAAAACCCCAAGAACCGUUCAUCGACUACAGUAUCACUAAACCUUGUUUUGGUAUUUCACCUUACAGCAAAAGUGAUCCUCUUGGUACGUUAUUGUGACUGAUUACAUUUUAAAGCCUUACCAGGGCGUGAAAUUAAUUUUUUUUUUCUGAUAGCAACUUGGCUCCUAAAUUUUUCAAAGUGGUAGCCAAUUCGAAAAAAGUUGGUCGCCAUUUUUAAAGACAAACAAAACCUUUUUUCUCGCUGUUAGCGUUCUAGAUAGACCCUCCAAAAUUAAGUAAGGAAAAAGAUCUUUCACGUGCCACAAUGUGGACACUAGGAUGGAUGAUAUACAACGUUCAAGCUCACCUAACUCCAAGGUGGCGUCUAUUCAUCGAUCGAGAUGCACGUGCUGCGUGUUGGAAACAAACUUAACGAGGAAGUUUGCCGCGGAUUUAUCUUUGCAAAUCUUUUUAAUUCACUAUAUCUCUAGUUAAGGUUAUGAUGAAGCAUUCUAGUCGCCAAUUUGGCGACUAAUUUUCAGGAUUUGGUCGCCAAAGAGAAAAAUUUAGUUUAGUUUUAAAUAUAUAGGUCUUAAAACAGUUGCGCAGUUGGAAAGUGAGUCUGGGGAGUUAACUCAAUUUUGGUAAAGAGACACGAUUCUAAAAUUUCGUUCUAUUUUUCUAUAUUUUGGAAAGAUGAUGUGAAUGUGUCAACACUAUCACUGGAAUGGGGAUCCCUUGUGAAAUCAUUCCUACCGGAUUUUUUUAAGGCGUAAUUUUGAGCUUAGGCAAAUUUUUUAAGUAUUCAGCACUACCUACUAAGUUUAGCUUUUUCUUUAUAUCCUCGGGGUGUGUUCCAAAAGUACGAUUUCUGUUUUGGUUUGGUUUUAAUUUAUCAGGCGAACAACAGCGAAAACUGGAGGAAAAACGACAACAAACACAGCUUGAGCAACAAAGACAGCAAGAGGUUUGUGUGCUGUGAUAAACAUUAGUUUGUGUGAUUUGUAAAUUCGUUUCCAGUCUGACUUAACAGUGAAACUCUGAAGACCAUAAACACCAGAUUAUUUAUGAAGUGGUCCUUCUUGGAGGUGAUGAAGCCAAUCACAUGAUAGAUAACUAAAUUGUAAACAGCAAGGGUAAUGAGAUGCUUUUGUUUGCUCACCUGUCUUGAUCUCCAUUUGGCAUUCCUGUUCAUUGUGAUCCUCGGAGUUUGAGAAAUAAUUUCUAAAAAGUUAGACAGACGUACAUGUCGAGUGAAAUGAUGCAGAACGUGGUUCAGGGUAAAUAUUAACCGAAUGUUUCAGCUGCUAAAAUACCAGCCAUUCCUCUCUCUCUCUCCUCCCCCACCCUACGCCGCCUUCAGGGGAACGGGGGUCAUUUAGUUAGAGUCCAUCUUGAUUUGGUGUCCCUUUGUUAUGAAGCCGAACCAAAAGUAGUCACAACUUGGGAAAAUGCCACAUUGGAGUCAAGAAGACGUUAUUCUACGUCACCCGCUUCAGGUAUCGGAAAAUAUGAGAGACUAAGUCACGAUUGGUUUAAGUUAUGCAUCUGAUUGGUGUCCGAUAUUUCUCCAUCAAUCAUAGCCCAAAGUAAAGCGUAUCAAAAUUUUUUUUUUUUUUGCGUGUGUGUCAGUGUACAUGUUUAGUUACCUCAAAUAUUUGUUUCUUUGUUUGUUUUUCUCUCCAAAGCAACAAGAACAAUUGAGACAAGAUAAUAGCAGUUUCAUUAAAACAUCCACUGGGAAGGUUCCGUCCAUUAAUAACAGUCGACCAACCUCAACCGUAACAGGAGCUGCAACCACAGGGGCUGCAACCACAGCGGCUGCAACCACAGGGACUGUUAGGAGUUCGUCGAGCGAUUCAGGCUUUGUGUCUACCAACAAGGGCACGAGUGAAUCAUCUUUAUCGAGAAUGGAAACUUCGUCUGGACCCAGUGGAAAACAGAAGAGGGACUUCGGAGGUGCCUCUGGAACUCAGGCAGCAGGUGAAACCUGUUCUAUAGAGGUGUUAUUAACAGACUUAAUAGGUUGGUUAUGUUAAACCGUAACUUUAACUUUAUUGUGCCCUUUCUUCCAGGAUCGCAACAAACAAACUCGGCAAAACUUUUCCCAGGCAGCGCUUUUCAAUCUAGCACUGCUUGUGUUGGCGGCGGUCAUUGUGUGACACUCCCAGCGUCUGGACGAAAGAAUAAUUUUAGUACCACAUCAGUCACUCAAGCGAGUAUUGCAAGGAAAAAAACUAGUGCUGGACUUGGUGAGAGGAAGAAACAUGUUCAAAUAAAUAAUGAAAUACAAUAGACGUAAUAUUAAAAGUUAAACCAAUUGUGAGGAUAAUUUGUGUUACGUUCCACGAAUUCUUUUGAAUUGCUGUUUCAACACACCUUCAAUUUAAUCCUCAUCACUGAAAUUGUUAUUUGAUUAUUGACGAUAUUAGCUAUCCUAGUUCAUCUUUAAAGCUGGUUUAAAUGGGGACCCAUAUGAACAAUAACGGGGCCAGACCACAACAUCGGGAGCCACGUGUACUGUUUGCCAGAAGAUGCAGGAGACAUGAAUGUUUAGAAUAAUCAGGCAGGCAGCAUAUUCUCCUCAGUCUCCUCCUCCUGUAGAGCAGUCCGGAGCUCUUCAACAUGAGAUAACCUUACUUUGAUUAUUUACAAUGCUGUUUUUAGUCACUUCAAGAGAUCUCGCACAAAGAUCGAAUGGUAUUCAAGUGAUUGACUUGGAUGGAGAUGGUACAACAGCGGUGCUUCGUGAUCCUAUGGAGUCCAAUCAGAUGAUGAGUCCCAAGGUAAGAGAAUAUGCAUAUUUCUCGCAUAAAGCGAAAGAAAAACUUUGCAGAAUUUGAGCAUUUCAGCUGGCUAUGGUUUUACCUACUGUACAGAACUGCGCUUAAAUUUAUCGUCGGUUAUUUCUGAUUCAGGAAGAUACUUUGAUUUUAUUAACUGAGUUGAUAAUGUAACUUGGUCACCGGAAAGAGAUUUUAAAGCUGACGUUUCGAGCGUUAGCCCUGCGUCAAAGCUUAGUACUAUUGUUAUUCACACUUCUAACGAGGCUAAACUUGUAUUAACAGCAGUAAAAAUUCCCUCUUUCUUUUCAAUCUUUCGUAUAACAUGAAUAGAAUACUUAAGUUACAACAUUAGUUUAACAACAUUAUCUUGAUGUCCACUAUUUCUAUCAUUUGGCUGACGUAAAGUACAAAAUGCCGUUUAAAAUUAACUAAACAUUGUUGCAUCAUCAUUUUUCAAAAUUUUAUUAUCCGUUUCAAGGAGGUCAAGAAAACAAAUUCAUAAAGUUUGCUUCCCUAAAAAGGAAACGAAAAAGGAAUGGCAACAUUCCUUGACAUCCAUCCUUCCUUAUACUUCUAACUUUAACUUUCAGUACCUAGUUCCUUAUAGCUUGGAUGGGUCAAAUCUGGACGACCUUUACAACGUUAGUAUUUGUAUUUUGUAAGGGAAUUGAUUCGAUUGAAUAAAAUUGUUCACUAUGCACCGACUUGAAUGCACGAUGCACCGUAGUAACAAUCAUUGACUAAAACACUAAAUGUAAUUAAUUACCAUUUUCUGGUUUUUCAGAUCUUAUUCCACGUACGAUUCGAUAGUCUGCUCACAGUAUUUUUUCAGUGUUUUCUGCGAACUUAUGUACGCAAGUAGUUUGCAACCGUUGAUUAAACUGUCAGUAUUUGAAACAUCAAUAACAAGAAUGUUGGUGGCUUUGAACCAGUAAUCGCUCAAGGAAAAAUGAAUAUAACAAAAACAUAAUCAAGCCAUUUCUACUCAACGAAUAGAGCUGUGAAUGAUAUAGUCUUUAAUUCAAUAUUUUCAUUCUCAGUAUUGUGAUUUAAAGUUUCUUGGCCAGCCCUACGAAGAAUUAUCUUUUUCUUCUUUAACGCACACUUAACAAAUCUAUGCAAUUCCAUCUAUGCAAUGUGUGUUACAUAUUGCGUGCAAAAUUUAAGUUCAAAUCUGCUGCCGCACUACCCUACUGCCGUUCAACUCUGCUACUGUUCGUCAAGUCCGCAAGUCAGAGGGUAACAUGUGGCCAUUAAAACUAGUUCCUUUUAAGCGGUCAUUGUCAUGUGACCUGGUGACUAACUUUUCAAAUACACGAUCACAAAAUAUCGUACACUUUAAAGCAAAUUAAUUGUUUCGCUUGUGAACUGUUUUCACGCUAGUCUCAGGCGUGGGAGGCACCCUGGUUACGAGCCAAAAACCGUGACGUCAGAAGCAUAGAUUACAGUCGAGUCCCAGCUUUCCAAAUUCCCACAAACGACCGGCAUAAACAGGACGCUGCAACACUAAUCGCAGAGAGACUAAAACAGUAUGAACCAGAUAACAUGCCUGAGGGACAGGGUGUUCCUGCUGGUCUACCUGUUCCUAGAAAGCCAGCACCUAGAGGUGAGCGACUCAGAAUUCUUUUGAGAAGUUUUAAAAUUUCACAGUCUACUGUUUUCUAUACCCUCCAUUAAUGACAACGAAUUACUUUCUGUUCCAGGGCCUCACAAAUGCAGCAAGCCGUGCAAUUUGUCGCUGAGUCUAGAACCGAGUGAAUUAAUAAAACACAAUCCAAGGGCAGUUCCUCUUUUACUGAGAUGGAAAAGGUGAAAAUCCUAUGAUUGAUUAAUUACUCGUGCAGGUCAAACAAAAUUUUUUUCGUUCCUUAUACCGCUUUCUAGCCAUUCAGUUGCAGACAACUUACCGUCGCUGUAUUUCUUACAAACCUUUUAAACACUUUACACCCUAGCAUCAGUAUGCAAGUUCUCCAUACUGUUCAUUAUACAUUUCCCUUAGUGCUUUCACAGAGAAUGUGUCAAAAAAUCAAGAGCUUCUUGAGUUUGCAAUCAUUUCCCUUAUUCCUAUGACUUUCAUGUUUGAUUCAGGGGUGAUACAUUGGGAGAAAUUAGAUUUCAAGGGUUAAGAAGUGCGCUUGCCAUCAUCAUAAUCAUCGUAGAUGUAUUAUUAGUAAAUGCGUGUCACAAUAUUUCACCAUUAUUUUUUGUUCACAGAGAGAUAGCACAGCGUCACCCAGGCAACAGGAAAACUGUUUACUACCGAACACCGUGUAACAAGCGACUGGUAAGCGACCUGAUAAAAACGUUUUUUGUGUCUAGAAUUAAAUUAGAAAUUAGCCUGACUGCAUAACUUGUCCAAAUUGUGCUAAACAGUUCCCAAUGGAUUGAUUAUUUCUUCAUCCUCUUGUCACGGUUUCCUUAACAUGAAGCGACCACGCGUAUCACUACUCCCCCCUGGAUGGGAUACCAGUCCAUCGCGAGGACCCCCCCGCCCCUAGCAAUUCACCAGGCUUCACAGUACCCAUUUAUACACAUACACCUGGGUGGAGAGUCAGACACUGUGGGUAAAGUGUCUUUUGCCAAAAAACACAACACAUUGACUUGGUCAGAUCUUGAAUUCGGCUCUCCCAUUGUCCAGUGCACUGACCAUAAGGCCACAAGAAGGAUAGAGAUAUGAUAGAUCCCUUCAUCUGUUCUUUGUGGUCUGAAUACUCACUUACCUGCUCUUUCCUUUUCAGAGAUCAAUGGCGGAAGUGGCAAAUUACUGUAAGUUCAUUAUAGAGCACUGUUCUGUACUGUCAUGGACACUAUUUGUCUAUGUUGAUUUGGGAUGUCUGGAGGGUGGACAAACUACUAACUUGGUCUUCAUUCAACCUUCAGUAACGAUCACAGAAGCCACCAACGUGUCGAUCGACCAGUUUAUUUUUGAUCCAGACAUAUCAUGUCAAGACACUGUAUUUCGUGAUGUGGUGAGUUACGUAGUCUGGGAGAGAGUUCUUGUGAAUUUUUGGAUGAAAAAAAAAGGCACAAUUUUUUUUAAUAUGUGAGUGAUGCAAUCGAAGCAUCUAUCAAAAGAUUUAACAUAACCUGUGAGCUCUUUUUUAACCUAAGUGUCGUUCAUUGAGUUUUUGGAAUCAGUUUCCGUAGCAGAGCAACUACGCACAUACCCCUCCCCUAAUCUAACAUUAGCCUUAACUUGUUUUCGGGUGACUGUUGUUGAGUUAGGGGAGGAGUAGGUACGCUGAAGAGCUAAGCUCUCUAGGAUGAUGAAAGUCCCAGCGAGAGUUGUGGUAUUAAUUUUUUUCUCUUUCUUUAGGAACCAAUUUGUCCUGACAUAUCAUGUGGCGCAGAGGCUGUCCCAAUCUCGGUAAGCACUUGUGAAUUGUAGAUCGCAAACUCUCAUCAAUUGCUCUUAAUGUUAUUGACAUGAAUGAAAUACUCUGAUUGACACCUGUCAGGUUGUAAACGAAGUAGACACGUGUUAUCCCCCUCCCAUCGACUAUGUACCUAAGAGGCUUCUCGCGGAAGGAGUGAAUAUGGUCCUCGACCCAGGCUUUUUGGCUUGUUGUGACUGUACGGACAACUGCCAGGUAAGUUUUCUUUCUUUGUGACCGAAAUCAAUUCUUCCUGUCAAUUCGUUGGUUAAACGCGUGUGAAAUUAGCAUACAAUAUCACGAACGGCAAUUUUAAGAAUGUCUUGUACUGAGAUCUGAACCCCGAGGUAAGGCCCAGAGAGUGACGAGAAUUUCGUCCCCUGAGAACUUAAACUACUCUAGAUCAAUCCACAUUCUAGUACGCCUCUUAAAAGAAAUGCGACGCAAAGAAUUCUUUAUGAAUUUAUAAGACACAACACAAAUGUCUUGAGCAAAUUUUCCUUCUCAGUGUUUUUAUAUUUCUCCUUUUUCUUUUACAUUUUAACCCUUAAUUAAAUGUAGUAAUCACUGGUUACACCAGCAAUUGUCAGAUGUUUCCGCUGACCUCACUCUCGGCUAAACUUAAGGUACUAGUAUCGUUAAUAUGCAUUAAGGCGUCUUGAACUUGGGUUAAGAAAUUCUUUAGAAGAGAAUACGAUGUAUCCAAGAAUGAUACGAGUUUGAUCGCAUUUUAUUGUGUUCUAGGAUAAGAGCAAAUGUUCCUGCGCACAGCUCACUAUCCAGGCUUCUGCUGCGGUGGGAGGAAAGGAGGAUCCAACAAUUGGCUAUGAAUUCCGUAGGCUCAAGGACUGUGUACAAACAGGGUGAGUAAGCGAGGAAAGGGGUGAAGGAGGGAGAGAGCGAGUGAGGGAGGAAAGGAGGGAUUGAGGAAGGGAGUUAGAGAGGGUUGGGAAGGAGGAAGAGAGAGAGAGAGAAGGAAAGAAGAAACGAAAGAAAAGAGAGUGAAGGAGGGAGCGGGAGAGGGAGGGAAACAGAAAGAGAGUGUGGUAGAGAGGGAGGAAGGUAGGGAGGGAGGCAGGGGGGAUAGGGCAGGGAGGAAGUUAGAAUGGGAGAGAGGGGGAUAGAGGGAGGAAGGUUGGGAGGGAGGCAGGGGAGAUAGGGCAGGGAGGAAGUUAGAAUGGGAGAGAAGGGGAUAGAGCGAGGAAGGUUGGGAGGAGAUUAGGAUAGGAGAGCAAGGGAUAGAGGAAGAGAGGAAGGAAGAGAAGAAGGUGGGAUUGAGGGAGAAAGGGAGUAAGCGACUUAGCAAACUGCUUUGCACCCUUAGUUUUUGCCCUGGGAGAGAUAAUUAGCGUAAUUGUUGGUAUAGUUCUACAUGCGCCCACGACCACGGUCAGGCAAAGUUUCUUGUAAACUGGCCCACGCUAUUGUUCGUUUAAAAUCAUGAUACUGUUGUAAGUACAUGUAUUUGCAGCUAAUCAGUCUUUUUAUGGUAUCUCUCAAGGAUCUACGAAUGCAAUCAGAACUGUGCUUGUGCGAGUCAAUGUUUUAACCGAGUGGUACAGAAUGGUAUACAGCUGCGAUUGCAAGUAUUUAAAACGGAAAACAGGUACAUCAUUGUUGGUUUGUGAAGUCAGAUUUUAUCAACUAUCUGAUAGAACCCUUGAAAUGACUAAACUCUCUUUUCAAAUCCUUUGGAACUCGAACGGCUGAUGUUUUUACUUGCUGUUAAGCCUUUAACACUCUAACAUCAGUAUGCAUAUUCUCCGCACUGUCCUCCACACAUUCUUUAAGUUGCUGACGAUGAGAAUUUGCUUUACAAAAGCCUCUUUAAUCGGUGAUCAUUUCCUUCGUUCUCGUUAUCCUAAUGAACUACUCAGCUGCUAUACUGUAUGUAGAAAUUAAAUGAUGGUCACUGCAAAAGGUCAAAGGGUCAGUAGUAUCAUGAAACGAAUGAAUGUGUUCAAAUCAGCGUAAUAAACUGAUACUCAGUAAUGCUGAUUGCAUGUUUAUAUUUUGCUGCGUGUUACGUUUUCAGAGGAUGGGGACUCAGAACUUUGGAUGACAUUCCCUCGGGUACUUUUGUCUGUACAUAUGCCGGACAGAUUCUCAACGAAGACAUGGCUAACAAGGUUUGACUAAGGCAAAUUUGUCAAUCUCAUUGAAGGGGGUUGUUUUUAUUUAUCAUAUUAAAAUACAGUGCUGAUAACGUGUUACCGUAUGUCUCACGAUGUAGUCACGUCCGCCGGAAGUGAAACGUCGCGAUUGACAUCGGAGGUGGUGAUGAUGUUUUGAUUACGUUCUACCAGUCUUCUUGGGACGGAAUAAACUACAUUGUGAAACAAACAUUUCACAAUUACUGCCUUUGUCAAUUUGUUCUUGGCAAUUAUACGUUACCAGUUGUUUUCUAAUGAAAAAAAAGAAAGUUCUUCAAACGUACAACCCGCGAUUUUUUUCCUAAAAUGUGUAGCAUUUCGGUCUUUGUUCUCUUUCGCAGGAGGGAAGAGAUUUUGGAGAUGAGUAUCUAGCUGAGUUAGAUCACAUUGGUGAGCACGCUUGUAUUUUGGUUCAAAUUGAGUUCAGAUUUGAAAAUGUGGUUUAUUCAACUAUUUGUUUUAAGUUUCAUAGCCUCAGAGGAACGACUUUAGAGUUUGUGCAUCAUCAUGUUCAUCGUUUUGAAUCCACUGAGAUCUUCUCCAUCCCUCGCCAUUAUUGUUUGAUCUUGUUUUUUAUUUGUGUUUGCCUCUUCAUGUUUCCCUUUCCUAGCAAAAUAAAAUCAAGGCAUAGUUUUACAUUAAGAUAGCUGCCUGUAUAUUUUUCUCUUGUGUUUUAGUAAGCCUUCUUAGUCUGGUAAACAGGUUUGAAGAAAAGAAGGAUUUACACUCAAAAAAGUCAAUCAAGGCACAAAAUUGUUGAAAAGCCAACUUAAAGCUGUUUACUGUGCACUCUUAUUACAGAGGUAGUUGAGAAAGCGAAGGAAGGCUACGAGUCUAACGUAUCAGACCUAGAGGAUGACAGUGUGAUUUACCAGACGCUUUGUGCAGACAGCAGUUCUUCAGGGAGUGAUUCAGCAAAUAGUGGUGAAAGGUAACCCUGCAGUCGAGCGUCGAGCGUAAUCCGGAUUGCUUUGAUUUUUACUGAACUUUCCUCUGUAAUUGGUCCAGAAAACUCGCGCCUUUCUCUCAACCAAUCAGGUGCAAAACUGAAAGCAAUCGCGACUUGGUUAUUCUCGUUUCCCGCGCGUCAAGCAGCUUUGUUGUUUUACUUUGAGUUCUCAUGGGCUAAUGAUAAUCUAAACCUUUGUUCGGAUUGGUCGCUUGGAUUUCCUCGGUUUUGGUUAUUUCGACAUUUAAUUGAAAACUGCUCCAGAACCAAAUUUUCUCAGUUAGCCUUUCUUCGCGCAGUGAUUAAAGUAAAAACCCAAUUCAGCUUAUUCAAAUGGCAGUGCAAAUCAGCUUGGUUCGGUCAAACGCGCUGUCCCCACCUAACCCACUCCCCCUCGACGGUGGUCACGUAUGUAUGCUGUAAGUUUUGAUUGGUUCAUCUUCAUCAAGUGUGUAUGCUGCGAAUUUAAAAUGAAAAAGUGAUGAUCACUCUGCUUAGUUAUCUAUUUAUUUAUCUAUCGAGCUAUUUGUUGAUUUUUCUUUAUCGUAGUUCGUUAUCCGGAGAUGAGUCUUCUGAGGUGGAUUCUCUGAUAAGUGAAGAAAGUUACAGUUCCGAACGAAACUCGAGACUUGGUGACGGUGAAAACAUUCCCCAUAAACCAUCUAGAAGAAAAAAGAGGAAGGUACUGAGCGGACAAUUUUAUGCCCCCUUUAAAUCUAAGAAAAUUGUUAUAAAAGAAAAGUUGUUUUUCGAAAGAUGUUUACAGCGCGAUUUAAAGCUUUAUUCAUCUGAACCGUUCUGCUUGCCUGUCAUACUGUUUUUGAAACACUUAAUUUCUGAUUGACUGAUGUUCCUUUCAGAAAAAUUUUUCAUGCAAGCAGAAUUGCGCAAUGGUAAAAUUGGACCUUUACAAUUUUAGUAUCAAACAAAUAUAUUUAAAUGUCAAAUGUGUGCCAGGCAGUGAGAAGAAUUAAAUUCCCAGUAAUUUAAGGGAGACUUGUUUCAAGUCAACACACAUGAGUAUCAGUUUGACGAAAUGUUGAAACCGGUUCAAUCGUACAAGUACACGCUGGUUUUGUAUGAAAAUCUGCUUUUUUCUCUCUCAUUUUUCACAGAGAUCAGAUAGGAAAGGUGAAAAGAGGAAACGGUAACGACAGUUCCUUAAGUUUCUCAGUUUGCUGUUUGUGUGGUUUGCUUUCUUUUGUAUGAGGUCUGUCCAAAAGAAAUUUUACAGUGUUAUCUGCUAACAUCUGCGCCAUAUCUGCUAUUUGAUAUGAAACGCCUUCUGUCCUUCGCCAAUACCCCUCACCCCCUACCCCCCUUCUUGAGGAAAAUUCAGUUUUAUCUUGACCCUCUUCUACUUCGAAGAUACAAACUAUUCUAAUAAUUGUUUUAGCUUUAUACGACAUGAUGUGACACCAUUGCUAUAGCUACUAGUUAUUGUGGCCUUUGAUACACGAGCUUCGUUAUCGCUCUCGAUUUUAUGAAAUAGUGAUAAUUGUGAAACGCCACUAUUCCAUUUUAAUGUGUUUGUUGUUGGUUUUUUUUUUGCACAGAAAUUGUAAUAAUUUUUACAUUGAAUCAUGAUCAUUUCACAUUUUACGUCUAUUUCAGCAGUCUACAAGGAGAAGAAUCGUUAAUGGUCGAAUCAAAAGCCGUAGGGUUGUCGAACCUCGCUGACGAAAAAUGGUAAAAUUUUUAAACUUACAAUACACUUACAAAUUCACUUACAAUAAAGAGUUAAAACUCUUUAUUUUAAGUAGAUUUGACAUUUUUUUCUGAGGAACAACUCCGGUCACAUUUGAAGACAUAUCUUUUUUCAUCUUAGUUAUGUGGUGUGGCCCUUCUUAGCAGUUUCCGCUCAUGGCGCCGAAUAAACUUUAUCUUGCGCGCGUAUGCCACGAAAAAUGCGGAGACGCCCUAACUGUACUGGCCCUAAGACCUUCAGUUGACCAUUUUAAUUGACAAUCUGUACUUAAAAUUUGCCAUCUUGUUUGUAGGUGUUACAUAGCUUUAAAGCGUAACCAUGACAAUCAAAAAGACGCUGCAGCUUAUCUGAAAAAGGUGUUGAAAAUUGAAAAGACUGAUAAUACUGGUGUCCAGGUUGGUGUGGACAGCCUCUCAGAGGUGAAAGAAGGUGAAGUGAGUGUCGAGCGAGAUGAGAAAGAGAAAGAAGUUGGCAAGCUAAUGAAAGGUGAGGAAAGGGUUUACGAGAUGUGAUAGGCCUAUGCCACUUUGGGAAUUUAGCGAGGGUUAGAGUAGAAAUGACCAAACAGCCCCUAGAGCAACUCAAGUCUUUAAGAUUGACUUGUUGGACAUGUGAACUACGGGUAACUGACUCGCCAUCAGCAUGAAAAAGGUAUCUGCCGUAAAUACUAGAAUUAGACCCCAGCUUCAGAUGAGCGCUUCCUUCAUAUCCGCACUUCCCCACCCCCAAGGCUUGAACUAUCAAAUGAGCGUACAUGCCACAACGACUACGAACUUCAGAAUCACCGAGUAAUUGGAAGACAUUUUUUACAGGUUUUCUGCAAAAUUUGGGAAGGGAAAUGCCCACGUUAGUGCCUAGUAAGUUAGUAAGUUCCUCGUAGAGCCGAAGGAUGGCGACAGAGAAAUUACACAGGGAUAGGAGGGGACUUAGUGACAAGAAAGACGGCGAGAAUGACGGGAAGGCUCUUUCUUUAUUUUAUUCCUACAGAUGACGAAAAGAAUGUCGGUCAAAGUAGCGACUUUGACUUUGAUGACGUAGACGAGACGUUUUGCCAGAAAAUGCGGAAUAACACUUUACAGGAAAUUCCAGUGAACAGCGAGACAAACAUCCCAGGUCCCACGAAAGAAGAAAAUAUCACGCAGCAGCACGGACAAGAAAGCAAUAUGAAUAUUAUUGACUUGACGAGUGAUAAUGAAAUUGAUAAUGAAGAAAUUUCGCAACUCAAAGAGAGUGACUUUCCCCUGAAUUCUUCUCGAAGCCAAACUCUGCAAUCACAGAUCAAACGUGAAGUGCUUACGCCUGAACCCGAAAAACUAGGUAAGCAGGAAAAACUGAACUGUCCUGCAAAACCCGUUGAAGACACGAAUUCGGAUUCUGCGCCGUCGCUCAUCUCUGCUGAAGAUCUUUCUAAACUUGCAGCCAAAAAUACCACCGUCGCUGAUGAACCUCCAGUCUUAACUAAAAUGAAUCCUGGAAUUCGCCGGGUUCCAAACCAGCUAGACGACAUGAUUUUGCGCUUACAAAAACGCGUUUUGACGGCGCAGCCGUCCUCGUCUGACUCCGGCGUAAAUAGCGUAGAAGGACCAACUGUCGUGGACUUUGAACGGUCGGGCUUAGACGUUCUCGAUAAACGUUUAACAGAAAAAAUCCCCCUUCUAGAAACGUCUUUAGGAAUUGGGGCAGAACCUCUAUCUGAACCAUCUUCUCCAGAAACAGAAAACAUGGAGUCCUUUCCUCCUUCACCGUCAAGUUUACGAUCAGAUGUAUCAAAACCCGAAUCGCUAGAUCGGAAGUCGGAGAUUUCUACCGGAAGUUCAAAGAGAAGCACUGGAGUAUCAAAGCAACCAGCCAAAAAGCUAAAGAGUAAGUAUCCCGAGCAAAAUUCUUCUUUGGAAGGGGUAAUAGUUAACUCAUGUAAGGAUGCUAUGUGUGUGUGUAUGUGUUGGAAGGAAAAGGCUACGAUUAACGUGGUUGUGGCAUAAUAAUCGAGUUAAAAUAAUUCCUCGAAUCAAACGGUUUUCUUGGGCAAUUUUCAAUUGAGUGUUGAAAGUAAUCCGGGAUUGCUUUGUUUUUGCUUUACUUCGCUGUGUGAUUGGUCCUGAAAACUUGCGCCACUCUCUCUCAACCAGUGUGAUGCAAAACGAAAACUAGUCAUGAUUUGGUCGUCGACGUUUUCCCGCGCCUUAGGCAGUUUGGUUGUUUUCACUUCGAGUUCUCAUUGAUUCUUAAAAGUAUUUGCCUUUCUUCUGAUUGGUGAUUAGUUUGGUUUCGAUUUUACGACACUCGAUCGAAAAGCUCUCUAAUGAUAAACUUGUGUUGUGCUUGUUUCUUGGGUAAGGCACUCUACUCUCUCGCAGUGCCUCUGCCCAGUGACUCUACCCUACCCAGUAUCUCUACCCAGAGCCUCCACUCAGUGCCUCUACCCAGUGCUUACCCUCCUAAGGGUUAAAAUAGAUAAACUGUCGAUAAAACACAGCGGGACAGUGCGACGGACUAACAUUCCUUGCAAGGGCAGCAACAACACUCUUAUUCGCCUUAUGCUGUAGAUACCAGUUCUUCCAUUUUUUGUUUCAUUUUGUCGUCUGUGUUGUUUUAUAGCAAACUAUCAAAAGAUCCAUACUCAUCCGAAACCAACCAUGAACAGUCCUCCUUCACUAAAAGCUUCGCCCAACACACCCUCGCCCGCACGCCCGUCGCUGUCUCGUCAGUCCUCAGUUAGCAGCAAGAGACUGAGCACUAGAGUGAUGUUUGGAGAAGAACAUUGCUACGUCAUAGACGCCAAGGGUUAUGGGAACUGUGGUCGAUAUUUAAAUGUACGUAUUAUUGCGAGCCUAUCUUGAGAUCGUCGAUUGAAUAUGACAAGUUUUUGGAAGGAUAGAUUUAAGGUUCUGCAUCGAAAGAGUCAAUACUACUCCUGGUAGUUUUCCUUGAUAAGUGUCACUGACAAAGUAUCUUUGUUAAGUAAUGUCUCCUUUGCAAUUUCAUGUGCUAUGAACAACCUGGCAGUUUAAAACCGGCUUUACCGGCUUUAGUUCGUUUGAAUAACAGCUGAUCUUCAGACUUGUCUAAUGAUUCAUGGUUUGAUUUUGUUUUAACAGCAUAGUUGUUCGCCAAACUUGUUUGUCCAGAAUGUGUUUGUAGACACUCACGAUCUUCGUUUCCCUUGGGUGGCAUUUUUCACUCAGCAGUAAGUAACCGUGAAUUUUAACAGUGUUUAAAGCAGACUGGGAAUCAUAGUGGACCAUUAGUUAGCGCGCUGAUAUCCUAUUCCAGGCGCUCAACUAGUUAAUCCUUUGACCCCGAAGAGUUACCAACACCUAAUUUCUCCUUACAACAUCCCCUGAAUUUCACACAUAAAUGUCUCAAGAAUAAAGAAAAAUGAUUAUCAGCUGAAAAAGCUCUUGAUUGUUACACAAAUUUCCCUUUUCAGCACCGUAGGGAAAUGUAUUAAGAACUGUAUAGAGAAUAUACAGACUGAUGUUAGGGUGUAAAGGGUUAAAAAGAGCGCGACAGUUAACGGCGCGCUAGAGGCAGCUGAACGUAAAAACUGAGGAGGAAUGGGUUGUGUCGCCGAUCUGAAUAUCGGAUCGAGAAAACUGAAUUUGAACUCCGGCAAGUUGUGACGUUGUUGAGUGAGACACAUUUGCAUUAACCGUGGUUACGGUGGCUGUGCUUUAGGAACCUCUGAUUUACUGAAACCGCGAACUGUGUUCCAUUGCUUUACAGGAACGUUGCAGCCGGAACUGAACUGACCUGGGACUACGCUUACGAAGUAGACAGCGUUAAAGGCAAAGUUUUACAUUGCUAUUGUGGGUCAGCGGAAUGCCGUGGGAGACUUUUGUAAGCUCGCUCUUUCUUGCCCAAUGGUAAACUGAUUUUGAAAUAAGGUGUCGGACACAAACGUAAUGAGAAGUCUUACACGAAACCUCCUGAAUACGUACUAACGAUGUGGCUUGAGAGUCCCAGGAACUAAUGGAAAAAAGUCGCGACAUCAAUUACUGGCAUUCCACAGAGGACUUAUCAGCUCACCUGAAGAUCCAAGUCAGACUUGUAGUGACACUAUACCAAAGCAAGGGAGACCAAGAAUUUCAGGGCCAAGGGAUGAAUUUUUCCUCACAAUUUGCCGACUUAGGCCAGGGUUCAAAGAGGAAUAUCUAGAACAUCUUUAUGGUGUAAUCCAGACUUCGGUUAGUCGCAUGACAAUUUCAUGAGUCAAUUUUAUGUUUCUGAAAUUCAGAUACUAGAAUGCUAUCAUGCACGUGUCUUUUUACACAUUAAUGUCUGUCUAGUCAUCUUUUUCCUUUUUGAUAUCAUGAUUUAAAUUGUUAUGGUUCGAAAUUGUUGAGCCUUCAAUCAGGGGCCGUGGUUGGCGGCACAUUCAUCGUAGUGUUUUGGGAAGAAACGUGUGCGAUGAAUUCUUUGUAAGUGUUUGUACAAUUUCCGUCGCAAUUUUAAGCAGAGACUUCACAUGCAAAUGGUCAUAAUGCAAUUACCGUAACCGGGGCCACCCAGGCAAUGAAAAAAACAAUCAGAGGGCAGAACUGAACUGAGAGAACUGAGUCUACCAUUUUCACCUCACUUAAUCAAUUGUCGAAUUGACCGCAGAAAAAUCGUCGUUUAUUUACCGGUGAUGUUUACGCGACUACGGAGUCAGUUAAAUGUCUUGUUCAAACCGCUGGUGAUUUAGAAUUUACGUUGGCUUGCGGAUUGUGAGAGUUCAAAUUGGGCGAAUUUUUGCUGCUUUUAGCUUUUACUGAGUCGUUGGCGGGUUUUGGAUUUUAAAGAAAACAAACACUGGAACUUUAAUGGAGACGAAGUGCAUGCCGGGAUUGAAUUGUCGAGAGCCCCUCAAAUGGUGUCUUAGUAAUGUGGCCAAAGGUUUCAGUAGAUGCUCUUCCGAGUGUUUGUUGAUGUUCUUCUUUCAUUUAAGUUACCGUUUGGUUACUUUUCCGAACAACUCUUGCUAAUGCUAUGUCGCACGAAAGUUUCCAAGUUGGGUAGGUUUGUCUGCUAAAUUUUGCGCACAUAUUAAAGAGCGAGAGACUUUUAAACAGUUUUCAUGACUUUUCUUUGUAUGUGAGAAGUGCCACUUUGGAUGUAUAUAAAAUCGCCUUUUUUGAAUUUG